UUUGUAUUUUAUUUUAACACUUUAUUAAUAAGUGUAUUUAAUGUAGGUGUGACAUUGCCUGUUUUUGAAAGUUACCAGGAUGGUACAGACACUUAUGAAUUAGCGGGUUUAGCUAGAGGAGGUCAACAGUUGGCUAAACUUAAGAAAAAUUAUCAAACUGCAAUUAAACUCUUGGUUGAAUUAGCAUCAUUGCAAACAUCUUUUGUUACUCUGGAUGAUGUUAUUAAAAUAACAAAUAGAAGAGUCAAUGCUAUUGAACAUGUUAUCAUACCCAGAAUUGAAAAAACACUUGCGUACAUUAUUUCUGAGCUUGACGAAUUAGAGCGAGAAGAAUUUUACAGGUUAAAGAAGAUUCAAGAUAAGAAGAAAAUUGCCAAUAAAAAGAAAGAACAACUUAAGAAAGACAUGAAAGAAGCUGAUUAUGGUAACAUGUUGGAUGAAGGAGAUGAAGAUUUGUUAUUUUAAUUUAAAUAAUAUUAAAUUUAUUUUGUUUUUAAUAUACAAUAUGAAUUAGAUACUCUACAAG